AUGUUGCCCGAUCCGCUGGUCGGGGUGUACCAGCAAUAUAAGCAGGACACGGACUCCAUCGCCGCAUGGCUUGCUUCCACUGCCGCUGCUAAUGGUUAUUCGCGUGAUCUGUUUCUAGCAAGCGGGGGGAGGCAGCAUUUUGCGUCUGGGCGUCCCAAGGGUAAAGCCCGCAAGAAUGCGAAGAAAGCUGGAGCGACUGCCACGAAGCCCCAGGGGAACAACCAUUCCACCUGUAAGUAUCGUAUUGCAAUCAAAGAAUUCACGGCCCUGUCCGAGUAUGUGGCUAGCAAGAACGUUUCUGUUCCGUCUUCGUUUGCUUCGACACUUGACCGAUUGAUCAAGGUUCGCGGAACUUUUGGAGAUCAGCUUGCAGAGCACGGCGAUGCUCCGAAUACAGCUGCCCAAGCGAGGCAUUCCUUCUUCGUCGGUGUCUUGGAAAAGGUCAAAGAAGUUCUCAAACCUCGAGUGCAAGGUAGUCCGAAGGGCGACAAAGCGAGUGCUUCGACCGAGGAAGUCUCUAACCGCUUCGCGGGACUAUCUGUUUAUGAACCCUCCGAGGAGUUCUUGAACGCUCCCGAGCUGGAACGUCCAAAACAGCCAUCGAAUGAUAGUACGGUUUACGAAGCUGAGCCAAUGACCUCGUAUGAGGACGUGAUGUAUGCCGUCGGUUUCAUGGUCAACGAUCUCAACAAGAUUCGAUCGCGUAUUGAUUGGAUCUGGUCAAACUACAAGACGGGUAUAUUUGACCUUGCGGCAGCCGCUGUAGCGACGAAUACAGCGAUUGAUCUUGCUCGCAAGAUCAUAGAGGAUGUCAUGCCUUUAACUGAGGCGCAUGGCGGUGCUUGGAAGAUUCUCAACAGGUUUUACCAGGUUCAAGCCAUGUUGAAAGGCUGGAAAUUUGAGGAUCUUUUUACCUCAAACAUACCUGGUGAUAAUUUCAACUACGACUCCUAUCAAAUCGGCGUCGAUACUUUCAUGCUUGCCUACCGUCUCGUAGACGCUUUUGCAAAGGUCUUGCAGCCGGGUCAGCUUCCAUUGUACAAAGACGGGAUGUUUGGAUGGUACGACCCCAACAGCGACAGAGAAGCAAAGUCAGGCUACCAAAAACUUGAGGAAGACCGAGCUCUCAUGAUGCCCUUCUUCACAGAGUUGAUGACUGUGGUACGCGGAGUGGGCGACUAUCCCAUCAAGGAUGAGUUCAUUCGUGGGAUGGAGGAAUUGGACAGAACGGAUAAGGUUCCAUUCUAUCUUGUAUUUGCUGCUCAAGUCUUCGUUGAUAUUCACUAUGUGUUACGAGGACAGGCCAUAGACGCAUUCAAGACGCUCGAGUCCCACGCCACUUUCAUGGCUAAUGAUAUCAAAGAGCACCUCGAGUUUCACAAAGAUCUGAAGAUAAGCAACUGGCCAAAGGAGAACGACAGAUUUAUGAUACUAGCCCAAACCAGGAUUAACUACAUACUCGCAGAUCCUGUGUACAAAGCAAAAGACAAGACCUAUCGGAAAAUGGGGAUGACGAUGCCCACCACAAUUGAGCGCAAUCGCAUUCUCAAAAUGUCGCCACUACUUAGCGGCUUGAUACUCUACCGCUUCAGAUCGGAGCAAAGGGACCUUGGCCUGACUGUUGCCAAUGCUUGGGGUUCGGUGACAUACACGGCGCACCUUCAGAAUGCUCUCCAGCAGGAAAAGCUGUUGUCGGAACAGUGGGAUGACAUGAUGAUGGUUCGAGUUCUGUUGGGAGACUCGAAUUUCUUCGUUGGAGAUGCCCCGACCAACCCACCAGACUACAUGAAGAGAUUCAACCUUCAGACCGGCGUUUCGGUUGCUGCCAUGACUGGCACGCUCCCAGGAAUCAAGUAUGACGAUCUGGCACCCGUAUCGUCGAUGUUUCACGAGCGCUACGUGACGGAGACUGGUCGGGUAGACUGGACCGCCGAGCACAUCGAUCAGAUCAUCGAUCUGAGCAGAUACGAGGCCAUGGGAAGCGAAGAAGAGGGCACUCUGAUGUUCGGUCAGAUCGAGGAUCCUGACAAGCUGAACGAUAAAAAGAAAACUGGCGACAGGAGCGGGAAAAAUCGCAAAAAAGCUACCGAAGGCGCGCUUCUUCAACCUGAGCAGCUAAUCCGGCUGUUGACAUUUGCCCUCAACAACGAAAAGUUCGAGCUCUCCUUCCCCUGGUUGAGCAUGCACCGUUCUUGCUGGAGAUUCCUUCGAGCUGUAAAGACAAGCUGUGAUUCGUACCUGCGACAGACUGUGGGUCCUGCUUAUGUCGAAAAGGAGUCGCAGUUGCCGUUCUUGGUUGCCUGGAUCUUUAGUGCGCUAGACCAUCGGGACGCCCAACUGAUGCUUCUAGCAGCUGAUGCAGCUCGAGGAUUCUACCAGCGCUCCGGAAGGAAUAUUCUCAAAUCCCUGGAGAAGCUAGGCAUGCCAAUCCAGUUUACCACUGAGGAAGAGUUUGAGACCAUGCAAAAGGAUUGA